AUGGGGAAAGGCCCUACUCCCACUCGCUCCAUCGGGGCCCCCACCAAACAACCAGAACCGUCCCCUGAGAUGGCAGAGAGUUUUGGGAUUCCCAUAGUGGCCGGCCCCCACCGAGCCGUGGACAAGCUCGAGCACCUGCGACCGCAGCGACUGAGGCACCAACAGCUGCAGGAGAUCUUUGCCCUGACCGGGGGUCCGCCAUCUCCGAAGGAGCUUAGUGUUCAGUCAUGUUGUGUUUCAGGUCCAGGCCUGGCGUUCAUUGCAUACCCUCAGGCUGUAGCCAUGAUGCCCCUACCUCAACUGUGGUCCAUCUGUUUCUUUGUUAUGCUCAUUCUCUUGGGUCUGGAUACACAAUUUGUUACCAUGGAGGCGGUGAUGACGUCCUUCACUGAUAUGUUUCCCAAAGUGUUGCGCAGGACCGGCCGAAGGGAGAUUUUUCUCCUUCUCUUCUGCCUGAUAUGUUUCUUCUCUCAGGUUGUCAUGGUUUCUGAGGGAGGGGUGUUUGUGUUCCAGUUGUUUGACUACUAUGCUUGUAAUGGAGCCUGCAUCCUCUUUCUAUGUGUGUUUGAAACUCUGGCACUGGGUUGGAUAUUUGGGGUAGAUAAGUUAUAUGACAUAAUAAAGGACAUGACAGGAACACGAGCCAACUACUUCUUUAAACUCUGCUGGCUCUACCUCACACCACUGGUCUCACUGGGCUCUUUUAUAUGUUCUUUAAUUGAGUACCAGCCUCUGACCUUUAAUCGGUGGUACAUCUACCCAUCCUGGGCAUAUGUGCUGGGGUGGAUACUGGCCCUCUCCUCCAUCCUGCUUGUUCCAGGAUGGGCCCUGUAUAGGUUGGGCACUGGGACUGGGACCCUAAGUCAGCGUUUCCAGCAUCUGUGCCAGCCUAAUCUCGAAAAUUUAGAGACCCAAGAGAGGGAAACUGAGUUAUAGAUCAUCAGAGAACAGUAGCAGUAGUACACACACAACUGAUACAAAAUGUAAUCUGAUCCCAAAAACACCUACAAGUUGGAGCUGAAAAUAAUGUCACUUUCUCUGUUUUCCUUUACAUUCUUUCUCCUUUUUCCACUUUUGUACACAUUUUAGUUGUUGUUUUUAGACAGAGGAGCUCAAAGUGGAGAGUGGAGAAUUCAGAGAAAAACAAACAAUGUAGCAGCACACACACCUCAUACCAACUGUCAAGUGGUGGAGAGAUGAUGAUUCCUCUUCCUGGCACAUGCUGAUUCAUGCAAAAGGAGAGUGAUCUCAAGCACACCAGGAAAUCUCCAGCUGAAAGCUGAAAAAUAAAAGAAUCAAAGUGUUACAAUGGCCUGGACAAAGUCCUGAUAUCAACCCAACUGAAUUAAUGUAGCGAAAAUAUAAGACAGCUGCCCAUAAACAGAUGUCUGCAAAUGUCAAUGAACUGAGGCAAUGUUGUAAAGAAAAGUGGACCAAAAUUCCUCCACAAUAAUGUGAUCUGCCUUUGCAACUGAUGCCACAACUGCUGUUGGGCCAGUGGAGAAGAACACUUAUGUUUGUGUUACAGAUCUGAGUCAUUAAAAAUGAAAAUGCUAUUGCAUUUUGAUAUCAUAUUAAACAUCGCACUAAGUGGACAGAGAAUUAUUUCUGAUAUGUUUGUAUUGUUAAUUUUUACUUUGAGUGUCUGUAGAGAAAAGCGCAAACCUGGGAAUAUUCCACAAGUUAAUUUAACCUUAACAUCAACACAAUUGAUAAUUGUAUUUUGACAGACAUGUUAUGUAAUGGCACCUAUCAAGAGAAAUA